AUGGAAUCAGGGCUGAGCAAAGAUGUGAUUGUCAAGAUAGAAGAUAUCAUUGCACUCGUGGCUGAAAAGAAAGGGCUGGGACUCGUCCGGAGGCUGACGAAAAACAUGUACAUUGAAGAUGUCACUGAGUUCGCUCGCGUUCUCCUAACCAUCACUGAGAUGACAUUUGACCGUCCGGGGGCACUCCUACAUCUUCAGGAUAUACGAUAUAAACUAACUCUAAUUCGAGACCCGGAAGAUCCGGAAAUUAUCUUUGAUCCAACCCUAGUUCUCAGUCCGCAUGUCUGUUUGGAGAUUAUGCUCUUUCAUAUUGGGGCAUUCAAGAGAAUUUCGACAACUGGACCAGUGCUGGAUUCCGCGGAAAACCUGUACAGUCCUAAGGUACUGAAGGGCAAGGGACAGCAGGAGUUGCCGUUAAAGAAUGAAUUACUGGAUAACGGACAUUCACUGGAUUUCAAAUCAACCUGGAGAAGAGACUUGACAGCAUCCACCGUGGGAUCCCGGAUGCGUCGAGGAGGUGAGAUCACAGGCUUUGAUCAGGUCGCUCACCCGUACAAUUUCGAAAUGCUGCAGCCAAGGCCUUCAACAGCAGUGAAGAGGUCACAGAUGCUCUCCAGAACGUUAUACUUCAGCGCUCGGAUAUCCGCACCUUUGUCCGACAUUAAAAGGUGGAUGUUGAUGUGGACGCAUAGGGCAUCGCUCUCCACAGAAGAAUCUCGGUCCCUAAAUUUCCUCUCAGUGGUUCUUGCACGGCAGGAUACAGUCAACAAGCGCAAGCAGGAGUGGGAAGAUCGCAAAGCCAAGUUAGAACAAGCCAAUAUAGCAUACCAAACCGCCUUUGGCCACCUUGACAAAGAAGCGCUUUCUGAGUACCACUUUCAACUACUGGAGAAGUUGGCACUUUUCCAGGAUCGGAUAGUGGACGCUAAACAUAAGCACAAUAGGGCAGUCCGUGAACUGCGUAAUGAGAAGCAACGACAGCGGACCCAACGGAUACAAGAGAAUCUCACCCGCUACAGGAACGAGCAUAUUUCCUUUUUGAUUCCCAAUGUCAACUUCUUCCUCCCAGCAGAUUGUCUCACCGGGGCCUAUCUCAUCCAUCGUCGCUCUCAGAGAGGGAGCCAAUGUUUCCUGUCUCUUUGCCUUACAUUGCAGACCCCGGUGUGCUUCCCUGCCGUCUUCCAACGUUUGAGGAAAUACAUCAGUCUAAAGAUGUCAUUUACGAGCUCGGCGGCCGCAAGAUCGUUGCUGUUGGCCUUUAUGCCAUCAAGUAAGGACCUCAAGUUGACCUCCUCGAAGGCGAAAACAUGA